GACUCCUUCUAUCCUUAUCAGGACAGUACUUGGGAGCUUGAGGCUGGGGAUUGCCAGGCGUUGAAGCCCAGACUGGACUAUAGAGAGUGAUUACCGCACCACCACCCCCGGAAAAAAAAAGCCAGAAAAUAGGACUGGGACAUCUUAAUGUGUUCCUUUUUUUAUACCGUGAUUGAACAGGGAGGGCCUCUGAAAAAAUAAGGAUGGAAUUAUAUGAGCUCCUUGGAGUAUUCAGAAAUCUAAAGAAAAAGAUCUUAUGCUCUUCAAGUCUCCGAUUAAAUUUAAAAAAUGGCCUCCAAUAAAACUACAUUGCAAAAAAUGGGAAAGAAACAAAAUGGAAAGAGUAAAAAAGUUGAAGAGGCAGAGCCUGAAGAAUUUGUGGUAGAAAAAGUACUGGACCGUCGUGUAGUGAAUGGGAAGGUGGAGUAUUUCCUGAAGUGGAAGGGGUUCACAGAUGCUGAUAAUACUUGGGAACCAGAAGAAAAUUUAGAUUGUCCAGAAUUAAUUGAAGCAUUUCUUAAUUCUCAAAAAGCUGGUAAAGAAAAAGAUGGUACAAAAAGGAAAUCUUUAUCUGACAGUGAAUCUGAUGAUAGCAAAUCGAAGAAGAAGAGAGAUGCUGCUGACAAACCAAGGGGCUUUGCCAGAGGUCUCGACCCUGAACGAAUAAUCGGCGCCACAGACAGCAGCGGAGAGUUAAUGUUUCUCAUGAAGUGGAAGGACUCGGACGAGGCCGACUUGGUGCUGGCAAAGGAGGCGAACAUGAAGUGUCCUCAGAUUGUCAUUGCCUUCUACGAGGAGCGGCUGACUUGGCAUUCUUGUCCUGAAGAUGAAGCACAAUAAUUGUUUGCAUUUAUAUAUAUAUAUUUAUAUAUAUAUAUAAAAUCUGGAUCUUGGGUUUUGAAUUACUAGUGUGGAAAAAAAUAGCAUUCUAAUGAAAAUCAAGUUUGAUAUGCUGGUUUUGAAAGUAUUGACAGUAGUUGGGAUAUUUUUGGUUUUUGUUCUGCAUCAAAAGGCACUGAUUCCUUUGAGCAAGUAAGAGCUUUCUGUAGUUGCUUCCUUUAACAAUAGAAUAUUUGAUACCAUGUUGUAUUUCCUCAGCUUUGAAGAACAGCUUUUCUUAAACGCUGGGGAGAUUUUACAGUUAUUACUCAAGUCAGAACUUAUUUUUAACUGGGACACAGAAGGACCAUUCUGGGUUUUUUUUUGUUUUUUUUUUUUUUUUUUUUUUGUUUCUAUGUGGUGUAUGCAUAAAACACAUAACUUGUUUGUUUUGUUUUGUUUUUAACUGAAGAUGAAAAUACAAGUUGAUGAGAUUCCCUCCUUGUGAACAUUUUCCUGAAACCAUAACCUUUCAGAUUAAGCAGAUUCUGUGAUUUAUUGGCUAGUUUAAAGGCAACAACAUCAGAAUUGAUGUAUUAUCACAUAAAUACAGUGGUAUAUUUACAGAGUGUUGUACAUGUCCCCUUUGGAAAAUGGAAUUAGACUAAGUAAUAGUGUGAUUUAAUAACAAGACUUGGGCUAGAGGCAGAUAGAGCUCUGACCUAAGAGGCCAGCUGAGAGGCAGAGGCAGGUCCAGGUCAGCCAGUCUAUGUAAAGGUUCCUCUGGUGAACUUUGUAGAAAGUUAAAGUCUGUACUAAAAGGUUAUGAUUUAUGGAAUCUGUUUGAUGUGGAAAUAGAAUCGUGGCUGGAGCUGACGUUGGCAAUUUAAGACCUGCUAAGUGAGUGAACAAAAUUUGCUAAUAUCAAUUAAUGACCUGCAUGCUUUUUCUUUACCCUGACUCAUUCCUUACUGGUAGGAUCAGUCUUUUCAGUAUUUGGGUUAUGGUUCAAUGAGCCAGAAAAGUAACUUUGUAGUAUCAGAAUGUCAUCCAACUGUAUAUUUACUUUAUUGUAAAUAAUGGUGAACAGUGGUCAAUAAAUAGUUUUAUAUUCCUUUA